CAACAACUAGGCAAGCAGCGCCUCUGCGUUUUCCGCCGUCGUCGUCGUUGUCGUCGUCGUAGCCCCAAUCGACGUCGUCUGCUGCUGCUGCUGCUGCUGUUGCUGCCCGUGUGUUAAGUUUGUUUUGAGUUUUUCCGUAUCAAAAUGUGCAAAACGUUUUCAGUCUAAUUCAGACACUCGUGCUGAAAAGACUUUUUUGGGGGCACGUUCCGUUUGCCAAAUAACGAGACGAGACGCCACACGACGAGCCGCCACACAAGCACGCACACACACACACACACACUCACACACAAGUUGCCCAAACAGCAACAACAUUUAUUUAGCAAAUUUUAACUUAAAAAAAAAUUUAAGAAAAUUAAAAAAAAUUAAAAUUAAAUCAAAAUAAAUUUUAAAACUGAAAUGCACGGAGCGCGUAACGUAACGUAAGCCACACACACAUAUACACCCACUCUAUCCCACACACACACACACUCACACACUCAGGCACACUCACGUGUACGUUAAUUAAAACGCGACUUUAACGCGAGCGCAUGAUAAACGCGUCGUCUCGUGCAAGCUCUAGUGUUUAACACACACACUCACACACACAUGCGAACACCUAUACCGUUACAUUUGCAAAUGAAAGAUUUGCCGCUCUCACGCGCGCACGAUCAAUAGACACUCUCGCUCUCUCUUGAUUCGCACACGCUCUCUUUUGGGCACACACAAAAUGGCGUCAACGGAGACGCCAACGUCGCGACAAAGCAGCGAUCGCAGCAACGCCGCAGCGGCUGCGCAAACGGACAGCGAAACCUAUGCAACGGAGCAGGCGCAAGCGGCGCAGCGACAGCGCAGUGGCGGCGGCGGCGGCGGUGGCAGCGGCAGCGGCGGUUCGCCAACAUCGCAACAGGAUAAAGCAAAGACCGUUAGCCCGCCGUUAACAACGCCACCCGACGCUAACGCCAACGCGAACGCAAACGCCAACGCCAACGCGAAUGUCGACGUCAACAUCAACGCCGGCAGCUCAUCGCCCGGGUCCCGUUCGACGCCGCAGCAUCAGCUGCCGCAACAGUUCUGCCUGCGCUGGAACAACUACCAAUCAAAUCUGACAACGAUCUUCGAUCAGCUGCUGCAAAACGAAUCCUUCGUCGACGUGACCCUCGCCUGCGACGGCCGCUCGAUCAAGGCCCACAAAAUGGUCCUCUCCGCCUGCUCCCCCUACUUCCAGACUCUGCUCGCCGAGACCCCCUGCCAGCACCCAAUCGUCAUCAUGCGCGACGUCAGCUGGUGCGAUCUGAAGGCCAUUGUCGAGUUCAUGUAUCGCGGCGAAAUCAACGUUAGCCAGGAUCAGAUUGGCCCGCUGCUGCGCAUCGCCGAGCUGCUCAAGGUUCGCGGAUUGGCGGAUGUCACGCAAAUGGAGGAGAUCAAUACGGCGGCAGCAGCUGCGGCGGCGGCGGCAGCGGCAGCAACUGCCUCCUCGACACCGACCGCACAGCAUUCGCCCAAGAAUUCGCCGGCAGAACGCGAGGGCAGCGAAGAGCAGCUGCUCUCCUUUAUGCAGCCCGAGAAGAAGCUGCGCAGCGGCGACUGGGACUGCGGCGAGCUGCGCCUGUCGCCGCUGGAGCGCCAGCAGAGCCGCAAUGUGCGCAAGCGUCGCUGGCCCUCAGCCGACGCCAUAUUCCAGGCGCCCGCCAGCCCGCUGAGCAGCCUGAUCGCCGCCGAGCGUCUGGAGCAGGAGCAAAAGGAGCGAGAGAGACAGCGCGAUUGCGGCAUUUUGACGCCGCCGCCAAAGCAAAUGGCGCUGCCGCUAGGCUCGGCGGGCAGCGGCAGCGUUACGCCGCGUCGCCUGACGCCCGCCGCGGCAGCGCUGGAAACGGCGCUGCAUGGCCUGGACAUGCCCUCACCCGCAACAACGCCAGCGCCAGCAGGAUCGGCAGCGGCAGCGGGUCGCUGCCAACGCGCGCUCGCGCAGUCGCUGCCCAGUCCGCAGCAGCAGCACCAACAGCAGCAGCAACAGCAGCAGCAGCAGCAGCAGCAGCAUCUGCAUCACCUGCAGCAGCAUCAGGCGCACCACGGGCUGGGCCAUGCGCCCGGCACUUCCACUUCCGGCGCUUCCGUUCAUCCCGCUGCCGCUGAUUCGCGCUUUCCGCUCGGCUCUGCCGCCGCCAUGGCCGCUGCCGCCAUGGAGCUAAGCGUCGCAGCUGCAGCCGAGCCGCGUCUGCCGCCGCCGCCACCGCACCAUCACCUCAGCGGACCCCCCACCGGCAGCAGCGCAGCAUCGCUGGCGGACGAUAUGGAGAUCAAGCCGGGCAUUGCGGAAAUGAUACGCGAAGAGGAGCGGGCAAAAAUGAUGGAGAACUCGCACGCCUGGAUGGGCACCACAGGCUCCACGCUAGCAGCAGACAGCUAUCAAUAUCAGCUGCAGUCGAUGUGGCAAAAAUGCUGGAACACCAAUCAGAAUCUGAUGCAUCAUAUGCGCUUUCGGGAGCGCGGCCCGCUCAAAUCGUGGCGGCCCGAGACGAUGGCCGAGGCCAUAUUCAGUGUGCUGAAGGAGGGCCUAUCGCUGUCGCAGGCGGCGCGCAAAUAUGAUAUACCCUAUCCGACGUUUGUGCUGUAUGCGAAUCGGGUGCACAAUAUGCUGGGGCCCUCGAUCGAUGGCGGGCCCGAUUUGCGGCCGAAGGGGCGCGGGCGGCCGCAGCGCAUACUGUUGGGCAUCUGGCCGGAUGAGCACAUCAAGGGCGUCAUCAAGACGGUCGUGUUUCGCGAUACCAAGGACAUGAAGGACGACAGCUUGGGCGCGCAUAUGCCGCCCUACGGCCGCCAUUCGCCCGUGUUUCCCUUGCAGGACAUGACGUUAAGCUAUCCAGGCGCUAGUGGCGGCAUGCCGGUCGGCGGCGCCGCCAGCCUCGGCGCUCUGGCCUGCCCGAAUGGCAUGGGCUCAGGUGGAGGAGGCGCUGCCGUUGGGGCAGGCGGCGGUGGAGCGGAUCAGCAAAUGUCCCAGGAGCAAAUGUCGGCGGUGGCCGCCGUUGCGCACAAUAUACGUCAGCAGAUGCAAAUGGCCGCCGCAGCGCAGCAUCAGCACGGGGAGGCGGGGCCGCCGCCGCCGCCGGGGGCUCUGUUCAAUUUGCCGCCGCAUCUGGCGGGUGGCGGGCCGGGCAGGGCCAGCAUAUCGCCGGCAUUGAGCAGCGGCUCAAAUCCCUCAAUGGGCCAACGGCAUGCGCCCUCGCCCUGCGGUCCCGCCGGCCUCAUGCCGAAUCUGCCGCCCAGCAUGGCCGUUGCACUGCAUCGUGAUCCGGCCGCCGCCGCGCUGCUCAGCCAGCAGCAGCAGCAUCACCUCCAGCAGCUCCAGCUGCAUCAGCAGCACCAGCAGCAGCAACAACAACAACACGCUUUACACCAGCAACAGGCGCAGGCAGCGGCAGCAGCAGCUGCUGCGGCGGCGGCGGCGCAUCCGCAUCACAUGCAGCCACACAAAUCCGGUUUCGGUGCCAGUUCCAUGCCCACAGCCAGCGCUGGCUCCUCCGCUGCCCAGCAGCAGCAGCAGCAGCAGCAGCAAUCGCACUCCAAGUCAAAGAGCAGUCCGCUGCGCAGCGAGACGCCGCGCCUGCACUCGCCCCUCGCCGAGCUGGGCCUGGAGCUGGGCUACAAGCGCGAGUUCUCGCCCACGCGCCUCUUUGCCGAGGAUCUGGCCGAGCUUGUCGGCGCCACCUCCUCCUCCGCCGCCUCCGCAAGCAGCGCAGCGACGCCGUCAACAGGCCAACCCACAGCCGGAGUAGGAGAAGCGCCCAACACGGACAUCUGCGCCAGCAGCAGCGGCGGCAUCAAGGUGGAGCCCAUCACGACCAGCAGCGAGUAGAGGGU